AUGACGAAGCGGGCGUUGGUAUGCUACUGCGUGGACGUUGACGGAUGUGCCAUCUGGAUCAAUACGCAGGAUGGCUCAAAAGCCAAUGCUUCCAACAUAUCACGCGGUAUCUUUGGCGCAAAUGUCGGGCUAGAGCGGCUGCUCAAGUUCUUCGGACAGCAUGAUGUCAAGGCCACGUUCUUCACGAAAAACGGCCUCCACGGCUACACCCACGAGCGUGCCUCCCUCCUGACGGAAGACCAACAGAGAAAGGUCAUGGCCAAGUCGAUCGAGGUGUACAAGGACUUCACGGGCAAACAUCCCAGGGGCUGGGCGGCUCCGUAUUGGGAUGUCUCGCCCGUGAGCAUGCAGAUAAUGGAGGACUUCGGCAUCGAGUACGACCACUCGCUGAUGCACCACGACUGCCAGCCCUACUACGCCUCGGACGUGGGCGAGUCGGUUGUCCAUACGGACUACAGCGAGGACCCGGACACGUGGAUGGUGCCCAUGAAGCAGCACAGGGUGACCAAGGUGGUCAAGAUACCGGCGAAUUGGGAUGUUGAUGACUGGCCACCCCUUAAUCCCGCCCCGGGCCGGGCAGGGUCUCACGGGUUCGUCAACCCACGCGACGUACAACAGGUCUGGGAGGACCAGUUCUCAUAUCUGUAUGAGGAGUACGACACGUUCGUCUACUGCAUCAGCAUCCAUCCCCAGGUCAGUGGGAAGUCCAAGGUGAUGCCUAUGCAUCAGCGCUUCAUGGAGUUUCUCAAGAAGCACGAUGGCGUAGAGUUCGUCCCGGCUGAGUUUGUGUGUGAUGAGUUCAAAGCCGGACGGAUCUCAGGAGCAACGUUCCAAAUGGGCGUUUAG